AUGGCCCUCAACACAGCCCUCAGCACCGCCCUGCAAAAGGGCACGACGGCCUACGGGUUCUGGCUUACACUCCCCGGCGCCGGCGUCGCAAAGACAAUCCUCCGCUCGACAGCACAGCACGCAAACAGAUUCAGCUGGGUCCUCGUCGAUGCCGAGCAUGGGCUGAUUUCGGAUAAGGAUUAUUAUGAGCUCACAAACGCCGUCGCCUCCGAAGGCGCAAGCCCGAUCGUCCGCGUUCCCUGGGGCGAGGAAUGGCUGAUCAAGCGUGCCCUCGACGCUGGAGCCCACGGGAUCCUCACGCCAAUGUGUCACUCGCCUGAGGACGCCGCCAAAGUCGUCAGCUACUGCAAGUACCCGCCACAAGGAACGCGCGGGUACGGGCCGAUGUUCGCUUUGCACUCGUUUCCCGAGGUUUCGGGGGCGGAGUACGAUGCGGGCGCGGAUAAGAACACGGCUGUGUUUGUGCAGAUUGAGUCGAAGGGCGGGCUGGCGAGUGUGGAGGAGAUUGCGGCGGUGGAGGGGUUGGAUGGGGUUCUUAUUGGUCCGUUCGAUCUCGCGAAGCAAAUUGGUGUUCAGCGCGGUGGGGAGGAACAUGAGGCUGCUAUUCAGCGGAUCUUGAAGGCGGCCAAGGGUGCUGGGAAGACGGCGGCGAUUUUCUGCUCGGACGGCAACGACGCACAGAAGCGCAUCCAACAAGGCUUUGACAUGGUCUCCAUCACUACCGACGUCGGUGUCCUGGGCAGUGGGAUGCUGCGCGAGCUGGGAGUGGCGAGUGGACAGAUUGAGGGAGGAAAGUCUCGCGAUGGAUACUGA